UCCGGGCCGCAGGCGGGGGCGGCAAGGGCCUCCGGGCGGGCGAGCAGGCGGGCUGAGCGCGGCCUGCUCCGCACGGGUGUCCCGGAGCCUGGGCCUCGGUGAGCCCGGCCCCUCGCAGCGGUCACGGCCGCCCCCGCAGGGCUGCAGUCUGGCCCGUGGCCCACAGCUUUUCUCCCCAAGGAACCUCGUGUGGGUAAAUACCCAGCUCCCCGGCUCCAGGGGCUGCGCGUAGAGUCUGGCUUCAGCGUUUGUGUCGCAGUGCUCUAGCCUAGUAGCCCCUCUGAGGUGGCCUGGGGGUGGGGGUGAAGGGUGCAGGUUCGGGCAGUGCUACAGUUUUGCUCUAAGCCUGUCUCCUCUCCCCUGAAGCCCAAGGGAGCUCUCCAGACGAUGCAAGGAACGUGACCGGGCCCUUGAGCCUGUUUUCGCUGGCGGAGGUGCAGAGCCGGCACCUCUGCCCUGGUGGGGUGAAAGUGUUGGUGGAACUCCCUCCAACGCUGGGCCCGGCAGGGGGUUCGCAGAUUCCGACUGGUGACUAGACGGGGACACGCUGGAGCCUGAGCUGCUGAGCAUGGGAACCUGCCCAAGACGAUGUCAGAAGCCCUGACCGUGAGGGAGCUCGCGGCCCCCGCAUUUGCUGGGGGCGCGGAACCCCGAAUCCGGGGCCUGUUGGGAAGCCUGGAAGGGCGGGGCCUGCGGAGCUGCCGCCCCCAGGAGGGGCGUGGCCAGCAGGCGGCCCCUCCCCGUGGGGAGAUGCAAGCGGCCCCGGCAGCGCAGGUGGGCCGCGCGGCGGGCGGAGACCCCGGCCUGAGCUCGGACCUCCUCCUCCUGGAGAGCGAACUGGCCGAAGGCGAGGCCCGGCGCCGGGCCUGUGGCCGAAGCUUCCCGUUUAGUCCGGAGUCCGGCUGGGACCAGCGAGGGCGGGCUGCGGGCGGGGAAGGGCUGCCCGCGUGCAGCGGGUGCGGGCAGGACUUGCUUCUCCACCCGGAACAGAGGCCCCAGGCCGGGGAGAGGCCGCUCAAGUGCGCUCAGUGUGGGAAGGCCUUCUGUCACAGCUCUGACCUGGCUCGGCACCAGCGCGUUCACACCCGGGAGAGGCCCUUCGAGUGCAAGGAGUGUGGGAAAGGCUUCAGCCAGAGCUCCCUGCUCAUUCGCCAUCAGCGGAUUCACACGGGAGAAAGGCCCUACGAGUGUAACGAGUGCGGCAAGUCCUUCAUCCGGAGCUCCAGCCUCAUCCGGCAUUACCAGAUCCACACCGAGGUGCGGCAGUACGAGUGCAGCGAGUGCGGGAAGGCCUUCCGCCACCGCUCAGACCUCAUCGAGCACCAGAGGAUCCACACUGGGGAGAGGCCCUUCGAGUGCAACGAGUGUGGCAAGGCCUUCAUCCGGAGCUCAAAGCUGAUUCAGCACCAGCGGAUCCACACAGGAGAGAGGCCUUACGUGUGCAACGAGUGUGGGAAGCGGUUUAGCCAGACAUCCAACUUCACUCAGCACCAGAGAAUUCACACUGGAGAGAAGCUCUAUGAGUGUAACGAGUGUGGGAAAGCCUUCUUUCUGAGUUCCUACCUUAUCCGACACCAGAAAAUCCACACUGGAGAGAGGGUCUACGAGUGCAAGGAGUGUGGGAAGGCUUUUCUCCAGAAAGCCCACCUCACCGAGCACCAGAAGAUCCACACUGGGGACAGGCCCUUUGAAUGCAAGGACUGUGGGAAAGCUUUCAUUCAGAGCUCCAAGCUCCUCCUGCACCAGAUCAUUCACACUGGAGAAAAGCCCUAUGUGUGUAGUUACUGUGGGAAGGGCUUUAUUCAGAGGUCAAACUUCCUCCAACACCAGAAAAUUCAUACUGAAGAGAAACUCUAUGAAUGCGGUCACUAUGGGAAAGAGUUCAGCUCCACUCCGAGCUUCCAAAGCCUUCAGGAUGACCCCCCGGAGGGACUUCCCUUGAAAAAGACCCCCGUGCAUUUGGGCGAGACGCAUGUGGGUCAGGGGGAAGGCGCAGACUCCUAAGAGAGUCCUCAUUCUUGCAGCUCUGCAUGUGUCUGAAUGUCCCCGAAUCAAGGACGGGGCUGCCUUUGGAGCGGGCUGUCCCCUGCCACUUUGGUACAGUGCUGGACUGCACCUCUGCCCUGAGGGGAGCCGGUGAUUGGGCAGCUGACUCGGAGCUGGAGGGAUUGGGGGGGUGGGGAGCUAGGCCCAAGAGGGGCGUCUUCCGGCGACUGUGCCGUUGCAAUUCACCUGAGUUCAGCUCUUUUAAAGCAGAGUCAUGUAUCUACUCAUUCCUUUGCAAAGAGUAUUUCGUAGCAAAUUUUGAUCUCUCUUAAAGGCAAGUUGGAGAAAGAUACUUUCUUAUCUAAAACUGCGAAUGGGCUCCCUGUCGUCCUUAGGAUAAACUCCAGGCUCCUCUUGCUGCCCUCCUUUGGCCUUCUCCUUCUCCCGCCAGUGAACUCCUGGCCACGUGGUUGGCACGGCGGCAGCCCUAACUGCGGAGUGGCCCCCCUUCUCCCAGCUGCUCCUGCCUCCUGGCCUGGGGCGUGUUUGAACGUGCCCCUUUCCUCACCUGGUGGGCUCCUCAUCAGCAGUCAGGACCUGCCCCAGGUGUGGUGUCGUGUUGGGCCCAGCCAGCCACCCCUCGGCUUCCGUUGUUCAGUGGUCAUGCACCUCUGUUGCUGCACGCACGUUGACGUGUCAAAAUUGUGUUUUGUACACUAUCUCUUUCAUCCUUACACUGUUAAUUCCUUGAGGACAAUGAGCAUAUCUCAUUGGUUUGCGUGUCCGCUGCAGUGUCUGGGGCAAGGCAGUAAAAACCACACCCCGAAUCUGUGUCCUUGGCACCUGUCUUGCUUUAUCCUCUUUAUUUAUUUAUUGUAUUUUUUAUCUUUUUAGGGCCACUCCCAUGGCACGUGGAAGCUCCCCAGCUAAGGGUCGAAUCGGAGCUGUCGCUGCUGCCCUACGCCACAGCCACAGCCACGCAGGAUCCGAGGGGUGUCUGCAACCUGCAACAGCUCACGGCAACGCUGGAUCCUUAACCCACUGAGCAAGGCCAGGGAUGGCACCUGCAUCCUCAUGGUCAGAUUCAUUUCCCCUGAGCCACAACAGGAACUCCCUUCAUCCUCUUUAUAUACUGCUAUUGACAUUUUUUUUUUCUUGGCUGUGCCUGGGACAGGCAGAAGUUCCUGGGCCAGGGGUGGAAGCCACGCCACAGCAGGGGCAAUGCCAAGUCCUUAACUCCUAGGCCACCAGGGAACUCCUAUCUUUUGGCCGUUCUUGUUGUCGUCUAGCGGUGUGAUCUGCUGGAAACAGCUCCCCUGUCUGCCCUGGCGAUGUCGUCUUCCCACUUCGCUCAGCAGUUGCAGGAAACAAACGGCAGUGGAGGGCCUUGCCCCUCACAGUUUUUGCCUUCGGGGCUUAUCUGUGCUGCCCGCUCAGGAAGCCAGAUCUCCACGUAGCCGUGGGUCUCUAAUUCGUGCACAGGGCCCACCGUCUUGGUGUGCUCCGUGCCCUUUUUCUGCCCGAGCAGUUCUGUCCUUUUUGAGCCCAGCUCUUUGCCCUUUGCCUGCUCUCUGGUUCCCUUUGUCAUUGCCUUGGCCAUGCAUUGACCUGUAAGACGCAGUGCUAAAAACCGGAGGAGGAUGGAUGAACAAGUCUGUCCUGAAGUUGUCCAAAGUCGGGGUUCACCGAGGUAAGUGCUCUUCCCUGUUGUGCAGGGGCGGAGGCGAGGCAGGGGGUCUGGGACGGCUUCAAAGAAGAGACGCCAUUCGAACUGGUCUGCAGAGAUAAGGAGACACUCGGCAGCCAGAGAAGAGAGUGACCCAGGCAGGGCACGUGCAGAAACAGGAGAUACGGUGGGCCCUCUUUGGUAGGGCUGCUGGGAGCAGGCCAGCUGUGUUACAGGGGGCGCCAGUCCAGCAGGACUGUUGGUUGUCGCCUCCAGGCUUCUUUUAUCUGACCGUUAAUCAAAAUGACCAGUUCUGGAGUUCCCUCGGGGCACAGCAGGUUAAGGACGUGGCCUUGUCACUGCUGUGGCUCUAGUUCGAUCCCUGGCCCAGGAGCUUCUGCAUGCCAAGGGUGCAGCCAAAAGAGAAACGAGAAAACAACGAUCAGUUUUGAAAUGUUAUAAAACAGCAUCCUGCCCGUGAGGGCAUGUUUUGAGUCCUUCGACUCCAGUAACCCUAGAAGACUUGAGGGGGUAAAUUACUGAAAAAGAACGCGUUCUCCCUCUUGGGAAACUCCCCGUUACUGGAGAUUCGCAAAUGCUAUAGAGACAGAGCGAGCCGGGCCACGUGAACCAAACAUGUCUGGUUGAGGUCCAACUUCCAAACACUCAAACACCUCUUUUAAGUGUGCAGAAUGUUGACAGAUCCAGGUACCUGUGUUACAACCGCGAAAAACAUCAUUUCUGUCCCCGCAAAAAAGUUCCCUUGUGCUCUUUCCCGGCGAAUCCCACCUGGGCCCUGAGUCGCCGCUUUCCGUCGGGGCGGGGGUUCCGCCUGUCCUGGGGCUUCGCACGGAGGGCGUCGCACGGUGUGUAACCCCGCGUGUCUGCUGCCGCUCCUUCCGGCGUCGUAAGGCCUCAGCGAGGCGUCCUGUCUCGGGAGCUCCUCGCUGUGAGUGGGUCCCUCGUAGACAUCGUCUCUUACUCGUGCCUCUGGGGGCGGAAAUUGGCGUUUCCAGCUUGGGCUGUUGUGAAUAAAACUGCUCUAAGCAUUUGUGUUAACCUGCUCA